CACCCAACCAGCUAUAUACUCAGAUAGAGAGAGGUAGAGAUAUAUAAUUUCCUCUAUAUAUAAUAAUUUAUUGAUAGAACAAAGGACCUGAGUCAAACCCUAGCCCGUACCGGCCCAAUCUGUGAAGACCGAGAGAUACAAAGAGAUUUUUGUUGAAGAAAAAAGGCAUGGGGAACAGAUGGCGGACAGGAAAUAUGGUGAUGAACCCAAUUUUAUCAUCAUCAUCAUCAGCUCCAUUUCUUCACCUUGGAAGCACUGCAGAGGAUAAAAAUGCUGUCAUGAAUCCCCUUGGACUGCUUAGAAGGGAGCAAAUAUUUAUGGAUACAACCACCAUCAAUCCGUCAAAUAGCAUUGGAAGCAAUGUCAAUCCAAAUCUUAACCAAAAUUUUGAAGAUGGAGAGCAUCGAAAAAAUGAGCACGAAGUCGAAGACGAGAAGCCACCUGGAGAUCCCGAGAUUUUGGAGCCCGCUACCUCAGGACGUCGGCCAAGAGGCAGACCACCUGGCUCGAAAAACAAGCCAAAGUCUCCAAUUGUGAUAACAAAAGAAAGUCCUAAUGCUCUACAUAGCCAUGUGUUGGAAAUCAGUAGUGGCAGUGACAUUGCAGAAAGCAUUGCCACUUAUGCACAGCGGCGUCACUGCGGUGUUUCGGUUUUGAGUGGCAAUGGAGUUGUAACCAAUGUGACCUUACGUCAACCAGCUGCUCCGGGAGGGGUGAUAGCCCUCCAUGGCAAAUUUGAGAUACUUUCAUUAUCGGGUGCAUUCUUGCCAACACCAUCGCUGUCAGCAGCCACUGGACUUUCUGUGUACUUGGCUGGUAGUCAGGGGCAGGUACUGGGUGGCACCGUGGUGGGUGCAUUGGAGGCAUCAGGACCAGUAAUGGUGGUUGUUGCCACAUUUACCAAUGCAACAUAUGAAAGGUUGCCUUUAGAAGAGGAGCAGGCUAGUGAAGAAAUCCAAGUACAGCCCGAGUCAAGAGUGAACACGGGAAACAGUGGUGCUUUGGGGUUCCAAUCUCAUUGUUUGCCGACUGAUGCCCCGUCGUUGUUUGCAGGUUUAUAUAAUCUACCGCCGGAUUUGCUGCCCGUCAACGGUCAAAUGCCACCCAAUGGCUUUUGGACGGCUCCUCCACGGCCUCCACCUUCGUAUUGAGGCCGCAGACAGGUGGGGAAGUGAGAUGAAUUACUAAACCUUGUUAGUACGAAUGUUUGGUGGGAAGAAUAAAAUAGGACUCGACUCUAUUAUGGAUGAAAAAGAACUUAAGAUCUUGUUAAUUAUAAUAUCUAUUUUGUCCACCCGAAGAUUUGCAAGUAAAAGACUUAAAAAGAUGAUCCGGGGCUUAGGACUGAUGCAGAAUCAAAGGAAUAUGUUAAAAGUGUUCAGAACACAACUAAUAGUUAAGGAUGGCAGCAAGCUGUAUAGAGUAGUGACCAGAUUACCAUACUGUAUAUGGAAGAGGACCAGCUCUGCAUGAACCUAUCUUGUAAGUUCUUUGAAGGCAUAGGAAUCGAGAAGGAACAGUUAGGCUUUCUUGAACAUUUUGUAUUCCCUGUAAAUAAUUUCUGGUAUAGAUUUUCAUCGAUCUUCAUGUUUUGUAUCUCUAUGAAUAAUCCAACAAUGGAGCAGCUGAAAUCAAUUUAUGGAAUAAGGGAACACCUUUGUCAAUUGGUAUGUAAUACUUUGAUUUUACUUUCCUUAUUUGAAUUAUGAAAAUUGCAUA